CGUAUGCGCGCCUCGGCACGUCGUAUGCGUGAAAAAUUCGUCUGCUUCGAUUUUGUGUAUUGUGUCGUGGAGGCUCGCUGACGUACUACAUAGUACAUACGCACACGCUCCAGUGAAGUUUCCAAAUUAUUAAGCCCGUCGUGCGAGCAGCAGCAGCAUACGAUCAUGGAUCCUGAGGCGGAUAACGACGGACUGACGGCCGGCCAAUUGUUCAGCCACGGCACGGGCCUGACCUACAACGACUUUAUCAUACUGCCGGGCUACAUCGACUUCACCGCGGACGAGGUGGAUCUGAGCUCGGCGCUGACGCGGCGCAUCAGCCUCAGGGCGCCGCUCGUCUCCUCGCCCAUGGACACGGUCACGGAGUCCGACAUGGCCAUCGCCAUGGCCUUAUGCGGCGGCAUAGGCGUCAUACACAACAACUGCUCGGUCGAGGAUCAGUACCACGAGGUCUUGAAGGUCAAAAAAUACAAGCACGGAUUCAUUCGAGAUCCGGUCGUGCUGUCGCCGGUGCAUACGAUUGGAGACGUCGUGAACGUCAAGGAGACCCAUGGAUUCUGCGGAAUACCGAUCACCGAUACCGGCAAGCUCGGAGGAAAACUCAUGGGAAUGGUCACCUCCAGAGACAUCGACUUCCUGGCGGAUUCCGCAGAAAAUCUUAGCAUCAAACUGGGCGAUAUCAUGACGAGAGUCGAGAAUUUGAUCACCGCUGACUCCGGUAUAAAUCUCAAGGAUGCCAAUGUCAUUUUGGCUCAAUCCAAGAAGGGCAAAUUGCCAAUUAUCAACGAUAAUGGAGAAUUGAUAGCUUUGCUGGCGAGGACUGAUCUGAAGAAAAACCGUAACUAUCCCAAUGCCAGCAAAGAUGAAAAUAAUCAGCUUCUUGUUGGAGCAGCCAUUGGAACUCGUCAGAGCGAUAGACACAGAUUACAGCGACUGGUUGAUGCUGGAGUGGAUGUCGUUGUUCUGGAUUCGUCUCAAGGAAACUCAACGUAUCAAAUAGAGAUGAUCAAGUACAUCAAGACAACUUUUCCAGGUUUGGAAGUUAUAGCUGGUAACGUUGUAACUACCAAACAAGCAAAAAAUUUAAUUGAAGCUGGAGCAGAUGGCUUAAGAGUGGGAAUGGGUUCAGGCUCGAUUUGCAUUACUCAAGAAGUGAUGGCAGUAGGCAGACCUCAAGCAGCAGCUGUUUAUAAUGUUGCAAAAUUUGCAAGGGAACAUGGAGUACCGGUUAUCGCUGAUGGUGGAAUUCAAAAUAUUGGACAAAUUACCAAAGCACUGAGUCUAGGAGCAAGUACAGUGAUGAUGGGAUCUUUGUUAGCUGGACACUCAGAGACUCCUGGCGAAUACUUUUUCAGCGACGGAGUGAGGUUGAAAAAAUACAGAGGUAUGGGUUCUAUUGAAGCUAUGGAUAAAAAAAAUGGAGAGGGCUCGGCAUCUGAUCGAUACUUCCACAAUGAAAUGGAUAAACUAAAAGUAGCUCAAGGAGUCAGUGGAGCCAUUGCCGAUAAGGGCAGUGUUCUCAGAUUUUUGCCAUACCUCCUUUGCGGAUUGAAGCACGGUUGUCAAGAUAUUGGAGUAAAAUCAUUAACUAUUCUCAGAGACUCAAUUUACAGCGGUCAAGUACGAUUUGAAAAGAGGUCUCAAUCGGCUCAACAAGAGGGAAAUGUUCAUGGAUUGGUCACGUACGAGCACAGACUGUUUUGAGAGCAAGAGGCUUCUCGAAAGAAUAAUUAUCAGCAUUCCAAUGAUUGUUACACAAACGCUUCGGGGUGAUAUUUUAGAGUUUAGAAAACAGUUGAGGGUCGAGAGUUUUAUUGUUGUACAUAGUUGUUAAAUUUUUUCCAAUACAGAUAAUUAUUAAAGAAAUAAUUUUGUAUACUUUAUAGAUUUUUAUAAACAAGCGUUGAGAGAAAAAAAAAUAAAGAAAACAUAAAAUUCAUUAAUGCAACGACUCAUUCAUCAA